CAAAGACCCAACACAUUUCCCUACUCUCUCUCUCUCUCAGGACUCAUCUCCUCAUCGCCAUAACCAAAUGAGUGAGUUCUAUCAAUCCUUUUGUUAGAAUUCGUUCUUGAUUCUUGUGCGGAGUGCCCACACCUGAAUGAGCGAGUUCCAUCCUUUGUUAGAAAAUAUUCUUGGGGUUCUGCAACUAAGUUCUAUUGAUUUGACCCUCCGGUAGAAUUCAUUCUCGGAGCUCCAUCAGAGAUCCUAAUCGGCGGGGUCUAAGUAAGGAAGCUGGUUGGUUCAUACAAGAAUGUUUGAUUCAAACUACAGUUUAUCAAGUAAUUUCUGACUAUUGCAAUAUUCUGUAUAUAAAGAUAAACUAAACUAUAGUUGAACUUCAUAAGCUACUCUAGGAUUGAUGAAAGCUUAUUUCAUACAUUGCUAAUAUACAAAUGAAUUAGACUUCAGUCAUAUGUACAACCAUGGAUUUCAACCAGUUUAGGCGCUUACCUACCCAUGCUAAAAAUUCAAAACUUCUGUAUAACCCAACUUUAUAACUGGUUCAAGAGAUGAGAAUAAACAUCAGUGUUUCCGUAAAAGAGAAAUACCACAGACAAGUUGCCAUCAAUAAAAUUAAUGUAAUCUCAGUCAGCAACAUAAAUGAGAAUGAAAAGCUUUGCAGAUAAACACAUUAUAUCCCCAAAUCCUUUUAUUAAAGAGAGAGCUGUCCAAAAGAAAUUUCCAAGGUCUGGCAGGUUGAGGUUUGGAGUAAGUGGUUUCAAACUUUACCUGGUUGCAAAAUAAUCUCCUAAACAUAUAGACAUCUUAUCUUAUAAGUUAAAAGUUUAUAUAGCGAAAUUUCUAAAACAUAACACAUGUGAGGUUGUAGCUUAUAUAAUCUCUGGCUCUUGCACGUAUCACAGAAAAAUUAGAGAAUUAUGAAUAAGGUGUGUCUUAAAUUAUUACCUUCUUUGGAGCUAUCUACUUAAUCCCAAACUGGCAACAGAGGUAAUUUGACUUCAUGUCACUGCUGUGAAUGUAGAAGACCCCUUUAUAUCUUUGUUGAAGCUUUUUACCUGUUGUUAAAAUACAGUAAAGUAAACAACUCGGCAUUUUAAUCAGCUUCAUACAGAAAAGAUGCCGACAUGGAUCACGAGUUGCAGAGGAAGGAGCAGGAAAGUACCCCAGUGGCAUGAGACUUGGCUUUAUUUACAAAGCUGUGGUAGUUUGUUCUGUUUUAGUAGCAGGAAUUCACUUCUUGAUGCUGUGGAUGAUAUUAACUGGAUACGAGGCCCUUUGCAAAUCGAAAAUCUCUGUUCUCUCUAAAGAAAUUUUGUCAGAGAUAUCAUGGCUAAUCACGUUGCUUCUGCUUUUGAAUCUUCGAAACUCAAGGUCCUUGAAGCUACCAUGGAUUCUAAGAAUCUGGUGGAUCUCGAGCUUCAUAUUAUCUGUUGUCCAUACAACUCUAGAUACAAGUUACAUUCAUACAAACCAUAAAUCCCUGAGCCUAGUAUAUUAUGUCAACUUCAUCGGCUUAAUCGUCUCAACAUACUUGGUAGGCAUUUCAAUUCGAGGAGCAACGGGCAUCAGCUUCAUCACCAAUAGCACUACAGAGUCACUACUGAACAAAGUUGAAAAUCAUUCAGAUGGAAAGAGGGAAGAGGAAUCACCUUAUCAAAGAGCUACUCUUCUCCAGCUCAUCACUUUCUCUUGGCUUAAUCCAUUAUUCAAAGUUGGGUACAAGAAACCGCUCGAACAAGAAGAAAUCCCAGGCAUUGACGUCAAGGACUCUGCUAAAUUCCUCUCUGAUUCAUUUAACAACAGGUCAAGGAGACAGAAAAAACCAGCAGCGCAUCCAUUUACAUGGCUAUCUUCCUGUUGAUCAGGAAAAAAGCAGCAAUCAACGCAUUUUUUGCAGCAAUCCAUGCUGGAGUAUCGUAUGUUGGUCCAUACUUGAUUAAUGACUU